AUGAGCGCAACAAUCAACGAUCCAUUUCUCCUCUCCGCCUACGACCUCUCCAAACGCUUCACACAUGCGGGCGACUCGUCUAGACACAGAAGCGGUGUCUCGAACGUCUACGUGACGCACCACCAGCCCGUCGGGAGCAAGGAAGGAUAUGCUACUGUCGCAUCUCACGGAGACGGUGUACACCUUCUGGAUGUCUCAAAUUUACACCUCGCGAGCUCGCGGACACUCGGGCCUUCAACUAGCUUUUAUUGCCCGGCGGUUUCCCGGACAGUCUCUGAAGACGGCGCACAAAUACGGAGGACAUACGCUGUGAUUGACUCGUCACCGGAUGUGAUCCCGGAAGAGAGCGGCAGGACAGUAUGGAUGUGGAGGGACGACGAGGCCGGCGAGUCCAGUGCGAGGUCAAGAAACAAAAAUACCCUUUGUGUUUUGAAAAUUUAUCCUUUGAAGGCUCCCCAAAAAAUACACCGGAUAUAUGCGCCGUCCGAUACGCCGUCUCUAUCACUUUUGGUGUCCCCAAGUGGAGACGUGACAGUAGCAGAUGGCGAUCUCAAUAUCCAUACCUCUCAAGCGUAUUCUGACAGCAGCGCUUCCGUGCGCAAGAGUUUCGUCUUCUCGCAACCGUCGUGCUCUUUUCUCUCUGGUGGACCGUCCUCGCGGUGCGCUGUCGUUUUGUUCUUGAUCAUCGGAGAACGCCUCCAGCUACAUGUUUUGACGGCGGGCGAGGAUGGACUUGAGAUCGUUUUUGAUGAUGCCAUUCCACUCCAAGACCAUGAUAUUGCAGACAUCUCCUGCAGUCCCUCGGGGUAUAUAAGUAUCCUCAGUCGUGCUGGGACUUGGACUUCUUUCCAAUUCCAGCGCACUGGCCCGAGUUCGAGUGUCAGACAGCUUCCCUCACCCUUACACCUCACUCAAUUUUCCUUCAUUGCCUCCCCACCCUCUGAACGCACAUCCGACGAGAUCUCCCUCCUCUCCCUCACCUCAUCACACGUGCUGCUUGCAGCAAUAUCCGCGAAGUCCCCAGAACUCGUCUUGCUUUUAUGGGAUAUACAAUACUCUGUCCUCCUCACCUCGCAUACGCUCCCUAUCCCUUCCACCUUGUCCCAUCCCAAGGAAGGCAUCCGAAUUGAGCUCAUACCCGCCUCUUCAACCCAAGCCCUCCUUGUGCUGUCUCCUAAGCUUCCCAAAGCUUCGUCAAGUUCGCGUUCGAGCGUUUUGGUUGUACCCUUCACGUGUCCCUCCACAUCCACAAUUGCAAAUGCGAUGGGACGCGCUGGCAGUGGAAAGAAAUGGCUAGCCACGACUGCCGAAAGCCCCGACAAAGCGCUAGGCUUAGAUUCGUCCCGCAGGGAUCUCCUCAAGACGAUGCGCACGGCGGUUGAGCAGGGCCGGCCAGAGGCCGCUGACACUGCGUUCUUUGCCUGGGUCGAGCGAGAGAAAACUGCUCUUGUGAAAGCCGCGAAGCGUCCCGCGCAUCCAAAUGCCGUCGAUGUGAGCUCUGAUAGCAGUCCCGAGUUUGGACAUGAAUUUGUUCGCCAGCUAUUGGAUGUCUCCAUUCAACCCUCGAAAGGAGCUGAUGCUUCGUAUUCGCCGAAAGUGACCCACUACUUGCUGCAGAGGCGUGUAGUGUCUGCGAAAAUGAUCGACGGAGGCCUGCUCUCUGUUUUCCAAUCACGCAAGGACGAGGUUACUCUCCAACAUGUGAUUGACCUCUCGGAAAAUGACAUCCUCGCUUUGCUGCAUACGGCCAUCACAUCCCAUCGGCAGCAGCAAAAGUCAGAUCCAGAUGCUAUGCAAGUUGACACCCCGCCAUCGAACGCCCUAGGGGUUCAUACUGUCCUAUCGUCAUGUGUAAAUUACCCGACAUCCCUCGCAGCGCUUCGCGUGUCGAUCCGACAGCACCUGCGGGACGCGGAGGACGUUACUUGUGUGCUAGAGGUUCUAGAUGGGUGGCUCGAGACUUGGUGCACCCAAAGUAUCAGUCUGCUACCUAACGCGACCGAUAAAACCCCGCGAGGAAUUCCGACUCCCAGUAAAAACGUUACUAAGGAGGUAUGUCUGCCUUCCAUGGAUAAGGUCCUCGCGUUUCUUCGCGCCGUCCUUGAUUCAUCUUUCCUCGCCUUGCUGCAGUAUACGCCUUCCCACCGACUUCUCCAACGCCUUUCGGCGCGUUUGGACCCUGAACUCGCGUUCAACGACGAGGUCGAACAGUUGCGUGGUCCGCUGGAGCCUUUCGCUAAAGCGCAGGCGAAGGCCCUUGCAGAGGGGGUGCAGGGUGCGAGGAAGGAUACGCAGGUCGAUUGGCGGAGACGCAAGAAGCUGCAGCAUGAGCAGACGGCCCCGAGUGGCCGUGCUUACAGGUCAGUGAAUUCGUUUCUGCUGCAUACUGACGUCGUUGCUCAGGAACUAGACGCAGUCAGUGAUACGGCAUCGAAAGACGCAAGUGCGGACAAGUCUGGUCCAACUAUCAAAGACUUGCUCCUUGAACAGGGUUAUCCAGUAAAUUAUCUGGAGAUCGUGCCGGACGAGGUGAACGCUAUUCAGCAACUGGUACAGACCUGGUGCGCGUCCGGCGAUGUCGACUGGAUCAUCACCACUGGUGGAACAGGGUUCGGAGUGCGAGAUGCUACACCUGAGGCGAUAGCGCCUCUCAUCGAGCGCCAUGCAUCUGGCCUUGUCCAUCUCCUACUGGGCGCAUCUCUCAAGCACACGCCUCUGGCUGCCUUGUCUCGGCCAGUCGCCGGAACUAUCAAAGACACGCUUAUAGUGACGCUGCCUGGAAGCGUCAAAGCGGUCAAGGAGAACAUCGAGGCCCUGCUCACGGCCGGGGUAGUGGACCAUGCUAUCGAGCUGAUCAAAGGAGGAUCUGGACAGGUUACUCAUUCUGCGUUGGCUGCGUCCUCGACCACUGCGCGGCAUCGGAUCUCGCCAUAUCGACUCUUUUCUUAUGACGAGGCGAUGACCACCAUUCUGAAGGAGAUUCGACCUUUGAAAACUUCUCGCAAGCUAGUCAACGCGGCCUUGAGGGGGCAUAUUUUAGCUGAAGAUGUCUAUGCACCGCAUGACGUCCCUAACACAUUCACAACAAGCGUUGAUGGAUAUGCUGUCAGAUCAACGGAUCCUCCUGGCAAAUACAGGGUCGUGACAUCGGCCUCACACAAUAUAUCAGAGGCCUUGCCAGAAUCCACAAUUUACCGCAUCAACACUGGUGGCCCCUUACCCGCUGGCACAGACUCCGUUGUCAUGGUUGAGGACACUCGUCUCGUGUCGUCUAUUACUGACGCAGAAGGGAACGCUGUUGAAGAAAAAGAAGUAGAAAUAUUGGUUUCCGGAAUUGUUGGUGAAAACAUCCGUAACCCCGGAUCGGACGUCAAGAAGGGCGAGCUUGUCUUGCAAAAGGGUGAUGUCAUCCACAACGCUGGAGGAGAAAUCGGCACGUUGGCCUUUGUUGGUCGACGAGAGGUCGAAGUGUUCCGCAAACCUGUGGUUGCCAUUCUGAGCACUGGCAACGAGAUCGUGGACAUUCAUCGUCCUGUAUCAUUAUCAGGGAACGAUUGGGGUGGUAUAUGGGACACCAAUAGGCCAUCUUUACAAGCUGCCCUUGAAGGAUUAGGAUACGCAGUUGUGGACCUCGGUAUUGUUUCGGAUACGGUCGAGGCUCAUGUCGAAGCUAUCAAGCAAGGCUUGAAACGUGGUGAUAUCCUGUUGACUACUGGUGGGACGUCGAUGGGUGCAAGUGACCUGUUCAAGCCCGUUAUCGAGAGGCGGUUCAACGGGACCAUCCAUUUCGGUCGCGUCGCAAUCAAGCCGGGGAAGCCAACGACGUUUGCAACCAUUCCAGCUCCGGAGUCAGAUGCCGGCCGCAAGCCCAUGUUCGCGCUUCCAGGGAAUCCUGCGUCUGCUUUGGUUACAUUCCACAUAUUUGUCGUGCCGGCUCUGAGGAAGCUGGCUGGCCAUCGCUCUUGCCAAUUUCCACGCAUGCGAGUCAAGUUGAAUGACGCCAUGAGGCUGGAUUCCCGCGUUGAAUUCCACCGCGUCAUAGUCCGCGUUGGACAGGAGGGGCCGAGGGCAUACAGCACUGGAGGACAGCGAUCAAGUCGAGUCGCCAGUUUGAGUGGGGCAAAUGGGCUGGUGAUGCUGCCGCAGAAAGUCGAAGGGGGUCCUGAUCGGAUUGAAUCUGGUGCUGAAGCCGACGCAUACAUCAUUGGGGAGCUUCAGAUGGAAUGA